CGGUCCUUCAGCCACAUCAUUAUUAUAACCUUUCUUUGCCUAUACUUGAAUUCGUACGUUAUCCUAUUCAUCAUGAUUGAUCCCUCUUUGACCUUGUUCGGCCUUUUCGCAUUCGCUUCUGCAAAACCACUAUCAACUAGGAGCAAUGCAACGAAUACAACAACGGUAUGGAGUUUUGCUGAGGUAGCCUCCUCCGCAAGUCUACAAUGGACUCCUUGUUUUGAAAACUUUUCCUGUGCCAACCUUGAGGUCCCUCUCGAUUACACAAAGCCAGACGUAGGCACUAUUAAUGUCGCGUUUCUCAAAAAGGAGGCGCUUCAGCAACCUGCAAUGGGAGAUAUCCUCAUUAAUCCCGGAGGUCCGGGGGUUUCUGGCAUCGACUAUGUCUUGCAGGGCUCCGUCAUACUUGAAAGGCUUCUCGGUACCGCAUACAACAUUGUUGGAUUCGAUCCACGAGGCGUCAACAAUAGCGGUCCACAUCUCGACUGUUUCCAAGGAAGCCCCGCAAUCCGCGAUUACUAUGAUUCGACCUACUAUUCUGAUGUCGAUCUGAAAUGCCUUUCUUCGAUGUCGAAGCAUUUUCAAGCUGCAGGAGCAUUCGGUGACUGGUGCUCCAGGAGUCUCAGCCAUGAGGCCAACUACGCCAAUACGCCUGCCACAGCAAGGGAUAUGCUACAGUAUAUCAAGGUCUUAGCAGAGAGCCGAGGCGAAUCCCCGAACGAUGCAAAGUUGAACUAUUACGGUGUUAGUUAUGGAUCCACUCUAGGAAUCACCUAUGCAGCACUAUUCCCGGACCAUGUUGGACGAAUGAUCAUCGACGGUGUAGUAGAUGCCGAAGACUAUUACUCUGGAGCCUGGAAGCAGAAUCUUGUACAAGCGGAUGAGGCCGUUCAGGGAUUCUUCGAAUCUUGCUAUCAGGCUGGCCCAUCUUGCGCUUUUUUCCGCAAUGACUCCUCAGCAAAGGACAUUGAAAGGCGGGCAAAUGCUAUCCUAAAAGACAUUGAAGAGAAUCCAAUCUCGGUCGCUGAUCCGGCCUUCGUUGAUUUUCCUACAGUCAUCACAGGCCAGGAUGUUCGAGGGGCCCUUCUAUUAUCAUUGUACAGCGCAAUAUCCGGGUUCCCUUUAAUAGCUUCUAUGCUGUCUGGCCUUGAGGCGCGAAAUGGGUCUAUCAUGAUCCCACUCCUAGAGGCUGUUCAACCAAGGCUAUUGAUUGCCUGCAAUGAUGCUAACGGAAGAUACAAUAUUUCGACUGUCGGGAAAUGGCACGAUUAUGUUCGUGAUUUAGAGAUGGUUAGCACUUAUGUCGGCGAGGUUUGGGCCACAGUCAUUAUAUUGCAGUGUCGAUCUCUGCAAUUUACUCCUCCAGCGAACCAGUUAUUCUAUGGCUUCAACACUACAAUCACGAGCCACCCUAUUCUCUUCACAGCAAACCGCAUUGACCCGGUUACAUCAAGCGGGGACAAGAUGUCAAAGCUCUUCCCAGGCUCCGUGGUCCUCAAACAAGAUACUAUUGGGCACGGUCUACAAGUCGCACAAUCAGACUGUAUUUCUAGGUCCCUACAGAAGUUCUUAGAAUGUGGCGAACUCCCUCCAGAGAACACCAUGUGUGAUACUGAAGUCCAUCCUUUCCAGGCCGGUGUAAAGACAAAGCGUAUUCCUCAAUAUCCACGUGGGCUUGGUAUUUAAAAUUUGGGGGUUGCACUAUUUGGAUGUGUCGCGUAUACUGAG